AUGUCCGACGAAUCAGGCGAACCCUUAACCUCCAACGUGCGGCCCGCCACCAGUGCGCUUGUCACUGUGCGUAUCAUCAAGUCGUUUCCCUACAGAAAUGUCAAAAACCACAUUUUGAGCCCUGUUAAUUUACAGGAGACUACCCCCAAGCAGCUCGUGGAGCAAGUCAGAACAAUCAUUAAUACCACUGGUGGUUUGAGACCAUACCGCAAUGUCGAGUACGACACCCUCAAGAUCUACACCAAGGCACACGGGAGCAAGUCCAUGAACUUGAUCAUCAACUUUGAAAACGACGACGACUGGGUGUUGCAACGUCCAGGACUCGAGAUCGACAGGAGCUUGAAGGAAUUGGGGGUUGAGAAUGAGACCGAGUUGAGCUUGUUCAAAUGGGACGACUACGUGGCUUUCAAGGCUAAUCCCGAGGAGAAGUGGUAA